AAAGUGACAUUUAUUGCGCUCAUAAAACAGCCUAAUAAAAGGCAAAACCUCUCUCUCUCUCUCACACACUUAUUCCCGAAAUAGAAGAAGUAGUGACGGUGAGAGAUGUCGGACGAUGAGAGAGGUGAAGAGUACCUCUUCAAGAUUGUUAUCAUCGGUGAUUCCGCCGUCGGCAAAUCCAACCUCCUCACCCGCUAUGCCCGUAACGAGUUCAAUCCGAAUUCAAAGGCCACGAUCGGCGUCGAGUUUCAGACUCAGAGCAUGGUCAUCGACGGCAAGGAGGUCAAAGCUCAGAUUUGGGAUACCGCCGGCCAGGAACGCUUCCGCGCCGUCACUUCCGCCUAUUACCGUGGCGCCGUCGGAGCACUCGUCGUCUACGACAUCACUCGCAGCUCCACCUUCGAGAACGUCGGUCGCUGGCUCGAUGAGCUCAACACUCACUCUGAUACAACGAUAGCGAAGAUGCUCAUUGGAAACAAAUGUGAUCUCGAGAGUAUAAGAGCAGUGAGCGUUGAGGAAGGCAAAAGCCUUGCAGAGUCUGAAGGUUUGUUUUUCAUGGAGACAUCCGCGCUGGACUCGACCAAUGUGAAGACGGCCUUCGAGAUGGUUAUUCGCGAGAUCUAUAGUAACAUUAGUCGAAAGCAACUCAACUCUGAUUCUUACAAAGAGGAACUAACCGUGAAUCGUGUUAGCUUGGUCAAGAACGAGAACGAAGGGACAAAGACGUUUUCUUGCUGUUCGAGGUAACAUCUCUCUGUACCGGUUUUUCUCUUGUCCUGAGGGUUGGUUUCGGGUUUGAGUCGUGUCGCCGGAUAAACUUAUAGAAAGACAGAAACAUUAUUUUGGUUCUCAAUUGAAAUUAGAGAAAAAAAAAAGAGAGAAAGGUGUUUUGAGUUUCUUUGUUAUAGAUACAGAAGAAAAUGUAAGCAAUUUGGACAAGAUUGGUCAAGUGUAUAAGUUAUACUGUCUCGUUUCUACUUCCUACUUUGUAACUUUUGUAAACUUGCGAGUGUUAAAAAAUCAAUUUUGAUAUUUUCCAACUGCUCUUUUGUUCGGUGGUCCGCAAAUUUAGUAGCUAAAACAAAC